AGAAUACAGUACCUUUAAAUCUUUGAUGCCGGGGUUUACAGACGUUAUGGUCAGAGGUUUUAAGCCCAAAACAGCGUUCACCGUUUCCAACAACGACAUGGACACUUGCCCAGCUUUAACAGACAAGACAACUUGGCUCCCUCUGUUAGGUGCACUAUAGCACAGUGAUUUUACCUGAUGACAUCUAAACCAAAGGCCAAGUUGGCACCCUUGCCAUGGAUAGAGAUCAUUGUGUAUUGGAUGCUGUCCUUUGGAUCUCAUCUUUACUCUUUCUACCAUCUGCAUAGAUUCUCCAAAGAGCAUGAAGCAGGAUUAAAGAGAGAAUUUCAUUUGGAAGAUGGCCUUCUCAAGGGUUAUAAGCGGGAUCUGUCUGACUUUGAGUGGAGUUUCUGGACUGAAUGGGCAAAAAAGUCUUUGCUUUGGACUCUGAUUGGUCAUGGCCUGGUUUCAAGACUGACCAGUUUCUUUUACCCCAAGCUAAGGGUGCCAGCACUCACGUUAUAUGGCCUCUUAGCAGCCAGUAAUGUGCUAGGGAUUAAAGGCGUGAGUGUGCUGCUGGUACAUUUGGGCUUCUCCUUCUCAGUGGCCCAACUGAGAAAAACAGCUCUGUCAUGGACUUGUAGUUUACUGCUGCUCUCCACACUUCAUAUCCAACAACUUCAAGAGAUCCAGAGAGGCUGGUAUGAGACCGAGGAGGAGUACUAUCUGCUGCUCUUCAGUGUCGCCGUCUGCGGUCUACGCUUCAUCAGCUUCAGCCUGGAGCACUGCUGGAGCCCUCUAGACCAUGGAGGAAUUGUGCAGCUCUGCUGGUUGUUUUCAUACACCUUCUAUCAUCCUCUUUUCUACAAUGGACCCAUUAUUACAUAUAGAGACUACAUUGAGCAGAUGCGGCGGCCUGCUGAGGAGAGUGACAGGGAUAAAUCUGCUUUUAGCUACUUUGUGCUUAGAUCAGGACGGAUCAUACUGUGGUGGUGCAUCGCAGAAUACAUGAUCCAUGUAAUGUACAUGCACUCCAUUCAGUCUAAUGAGACCUACUUAGAGAUCCUUCCUCCUUGGGCCUUGGGUGGUCUGGCACUGGCCCUGGUCCAGUUCUUCUUUGUCAAGUAUCUGGUUCUGUUUGGCCUUCCAUCCAUGCUGGCUACUCUGGAUAAUCUUACUCCUCCAAAGCUCCCUCGGUGUGUCAGCAUCAUGUACAGCUUUACGGGGAUGUGGAGGCACUUUGAUGAGGGCCUGUAUCGAUGGCUCAUCAGAUACAUCUAUGUACCGUUGGGAGGUUCACGUCACGGUGCUUUUUACAACAUGUUGGCUACCAGCUUCGCUUUUGGAUUCGUCUGCCUCUGGCAUGGUGGCCAUGACUACUUGCAGUACUGGGCCAUGAUGAAUUGGGCUGGAAUCCUUGUGGAGAAUGGGCUGAAAUUUCUCCUCUCUUCAUCUUUUGUUCACGCCAUUGUUGAGCAGAAUUUCUCUGCGGCGAUGGAAAGGCGUUGUAUUGCCCUCCUCUCUGCCUUUUCCACCGCCAUGCUCAUCCUCUCUAAUCUGGUGUUCCUCGGGGGGAUACACGUUGGAAGAAUCUUCUGGAAACGUGUUUUUGUCCAAGGUUGGUCUACCAUUCUCCCACCAAUGCUGGCUUUCCUUUACUGCUUCGCUCAGAUUGGACUCGAAUGGACUUCUCACCCACCAUGAGUCACCUUGACUUUGUUUGGGGGAGUGUGAAUCCCCACUACCGGACGACCACAACAACCUGCUGAGUUCACCUCCUCCCUCCUCACCAGCCAGAGAAUCUGUGGCGAACCUGGCUCGGAGCCCCAGAAGCUGUCCAAACCCUGGCUGAAGUGAAGCUGAGCAGCCACUUUUCACAUCCUGCAAAAAUCUGUCUGUAAGCUAAAACCUUUUGCUAAGUCUCUAAGGGGAGAGUUUCCUGUACUUGUAUCAAAUUGAAGUGCACACAAACUGCAAAAUACUGAGUACUGAUGCUGUAAAAUUUAAGGAAGUGUACAGAGCAGCCUUUGCAGGUUUAAGGCUUGUUUUCUACCCAGUAAGCUUCACAGAUUUACUGUUAUUCAGAGAAUUAUAACAGAAUAUAAGACCUUCUGAAUCUGUGCCGGUUAUACGACUCUGAUAAGGUAUUGCUCAGUGGUGCAGUAAGCUGGAGAAAUGCUAAUUUCAUAUUUACCGUCCUUUAGCUCAGCACAAAAGCAGUUGUGUAUUCAGAUGCAGACAAUAGUCACCGAAGGCUGAAUAGAGCCUCAGGAUCUCAAUCAAUGCCACUAUUGCAGAAUUGCAGAAGCAAUUUGGCUAAAGUAGAAUGAAACUGAUAGUUUAUGUAUUUUGUAAAAGCAUUAAAAUGGCCACACAGUAGCUUUUAAUUUUGCACAGUCACAAUGGUUACUGACGUUCAUACACUGGAAUAAAAGCCUUUAAGAUUUGUUUUAUACCUUAUUUCUCAGAAAUGUCAACUUUACAAUGCUUUUGUCCAUGUUAGGUCACAUACUUGUAUUAACAUAUCAUGACUAUGAAUAUCCAUUGAUGAAUUGUAGUAAUAAUCCAUGUUAUUCAUAUAUAAAUCCAUGUUAUUCCUAUGUAACUUCCUUUCCUUUUGUUUCUGUUUGUUUUAGGGGUUAACUUGCUCUCUCAUAGAAUAAGAAACUCCCUCAACUUAUUUCAAAAUAUGAGUAAACUGUGAGUGUUAAAGGCACAGCUUAUCUCCAAAAGGAAAAAAUAUGAAGCUUGUUUCUUGAAACAUCCCACACAGAGUAUGUGCCACUAAUCCCCAAAUUCAGCCACCCAUGUUCCUUCUUGGAUGUUUAUUAUAGAAACAGAUGAGCUAGUUGUUUAGUAACCUGACAUGCCAGAUUGACUGUUUCAUAAAUCCAUUGCAAGGAUAUAUUUCACAUUCAUCUGGGAAAGCUCCCAUAGACAGCAUUUGGGAAGGGCAGGACUCUUCAAAAAAUUCAUUCUCGGAAGAUGAUUGGAGGAAUGUUCUGUCUGUCACAUUCAUGAUGGGCAAAUCAGUGACGAGAAAAAAUGAUGUUGUAUAGGUGCUUCUCUUGAGUGUACAGGCUGCCGCUGCCAUAGACUGUUAAUGGCAGAGCUUCUCUGUGAAUUACUGUAAAUUGGUGCUAAGGCUGGUCAGGAGACGUGCAAAAAUGUCUCCUCUGCCAAGAGUUGCUCCAAGCUAACUGCUACCAUGGCAGCUGCUCCUGGAUAUACUGGCAGACCCCACCCGUACCGAUCGCAAAGUCAUGCCGAAGCAGACCGAGCAAAAACAUAAUUUCUGUCAUAAAAAACUUUUCAGUGUUGCUCUCUGUCCUUGUUUUGAUAAAGAAAUGUUGUCCAUUUCUGACAAAACUGUUGCUGAUCACUUCACUGGCAGCCAUUGCAUAUACCACUGACAGUAUAACAAACCCUUGUAGGCAGAGAUGUAGACUGGCAAAUCCAUCUGCACUGCUUUAUUUUAGAUAAGUAAUUGCUGUGUAUGAUGGCACUUAUGACACUACAAUUUUCAGACAAGAUUAAGUCUGUUUAAAGACUCCUCCAUUUAAAAUAACAAGUAAGCCGCAGAGCUGAAUAGCACUUCUCUAAUCAGCUUCAAAUGUCUAGUGUGGCAACAGUGUAAUGGAGUAGGGGGUAGGUUGGUAGGGGGUAUGGUGUUAUAAGCAUGGGCAACAGAACGGACAGUUGAUGACAGAGAAUUUAAGUUGUCCAUCACAAUUACACAGCCCAAACAUGAAGGAGAUAUCGACAGCAUGGCAGCUUAUCCCCCUAGCAGUCUUCCUGGAUCUUUGUAAGGCAUUUGACACUGUUAACCACUCUGUGCUACAGACUAAGUUGUCAAAUUUUAAAUUCUCAUCAAAUACUAUUAGAUGGUUUCAAUCAUAUCUUACAGACCACUUCCAGUGUGUAAGGAUCGUGGACAAAAUAUCUCCUCAGAGAGCCUGCACUACAGGUGUGCCGCAAGGGUCAGUCUUGGGGCCGCUGCUCUUCAGCUUGUACAUCAAUGACCUACCCUCCAUCUGUGAUGGCGUAGAGGCCUUGAUGUACACUGCAGACACAGUCAUCUUUGCACAUGGGACAGACACAAAUACAGUCGAAGUGAAAUUAUCUGCAGCUAUGGAGAAUGUAUCAGAGUGGCUUAACCAGUCUUACCUUACACUGAACACAGAGAAAACUGUCACAAUGUUCAAUCAAAUGUAACCAAAGUGAUUAUCCUAACAUCGUUGUAGGUAGCCAGAUGAUUAAAAAUGUUUAAGGGAAUUUUAAAUAUCUGGUCUUUAUUCUGUCUGUCUUGAACUCACUUAGAUCACUCUGUAACCAGGCUCUAUAAAUCCUUGAUGAGAAGCCACGGCUGCACCAUCAUUGUAAUGUAC